AGUAAAAGGAACCCGUUGUUUCAUAACAACUGUGACCACCACAGCUUCAAGUCACUCCGCAAACGCACCGACUGCCUCAGUUAAUCAAACAUCCGCCAGCACUUGCAGAGUGGCAUAGCAAAACCUUUCGGCAGCCAUUAUCAGAAAGUACGUGAAACAAUUACACCGUCGUUCACGCAACGACGCCGCCACGAUGUCAGAAGCAUAUGCGACUCAUUUUCCAAACAGUCGCCAGUUCAACGACACAUAACUUCCGUCAGCUGUAACUGAACCAAUAUCAGUUUCCCUCUCAACAUGCCUCUCGAGCUACCCUAUCACACUCGAAGUCGCGACACACACUCACCGCCAGUCAUUCACCCGCGCAUCGAACUACGAGUCACUACACGUCCCACACCCGCCCCUAGACAUUCCGCACAACCUCCACCGUCAUCGAACAUUGAUCUGCCGCCGCAAUACGUCACUCUCACAACUGACCCGCAUAAUUCACGCAAUCAUUCACCAGCCUCGCAACAGCUGGCCACCACGUCCUGAUGCUCCAAACGACAUAACACGUCCUCUGCCGUACGUCACAGUUAUGGAUCUGCGCCUCGGGCAACCGACCAUACACGAAAACACCAAACAAACACUUACAGCCUCCUAUCGCCAACCGACACACAACAGCUCCCGCAUGCGCCAUUCCCUCGAAACGAUACGCACCUUGUCCUUCUCCCCCUGCAGCAGCGGGUCUCGUACACUCACUCCUUCCUCCUGCCCCUCCCCCGACAAAUCGCGCUCCGCCGCUCCCUCCAGAGCCGCCGUGCGCAGCCCCACAAACCCCGUCCUCCCGCACGUCACGAUCCAAAUGGUAGCAACUCGCAUAAACACAGUUCGGAGUGUCUCCAGUCAGUCACCACCGUCCUCGAACGCCACUGGUGUCUCCGCUCCGAAAUCGAAUUCUCACCUGAACACAGAAGCGUCUCCCACAGCCGCCGGAACCAGCGAACAAUAACUCAUCCACUCCUUCCAUGCCCUGUCAUACCCAAGACGAUACAAACAAGUGACCCCAUGAACCCCCAACACAAACCAGUGGCCGCUGCCUCCUGCAAGCCACCUCCCCAUGACCAUCCACCCACCCCCCGCUCUGCUGUCUACUCCUCCCUUACUGUCACACAGCGUUGAGCUCCUUGGAUGCUCCCUUCUCUCGCGAAACAUUGUCACCCUAUAAACUGCAUUCAGCAGCAUGACACCGAAUUCAUUCAUUGCCUGUGUACACGAUACCACAUCUUCUCUCCUACUCCAUCCACGCACGCCCUGUUCCCUCUGAUAUGUUGCUUGCACGGUCAGGUGCUCCGCCUAUCAGUGCAGAACAACCUUCGCCCUCACCCUCCACGCGACCGCCGCCAUCGUCAACAAGUGCUUCCACAACAGUCUGAACACCUCCUCUACUUAUUCAUCGCACUGCGGAUCCGUCCGGCUUCUCCCAUGCUUCUGCCGACUCACGGAUCCGCCUUCCACCUCCAAACUCCUCCUGCGCGCCACUCGCCUGAUCCCCAGCCAUCCCGUCUUGCAGUGCCCAUCCCGCCGCUCCCUCCUCACUUCGCACAACCUCCACCGUCAUCGAACAUUGAUCUGCCACGGCAAUACGUCACUCUCACAACUGACCCGCAUAAUUCACGCAAUCAUUCACCAGCCCCGCAACAGCUGGCCACCACGUCCUGAUGCUCCAAACGACAUAACACGUCCCCUGCCGUACGUCACAGUUAUGGAUCUGCGCCUCGGGCAACCGACCAUACACGAAAACACCAAACAAACUCUUACGGCAUCCUGUCGACAGCCACCACAAAAACGCACGCGCAGACAUCACACAUGGAGAACUCACUCUUUGUCAUUCAUCCCCCUCCCCCCCUUGUCGCAGCAGCACCGGGUCUCGUACACUCACUCCUUCCUCCUGCCCCUCCCCCGACAAAUCGCGCUCCGC